AUGCCAACUUCCAACACUCGAAUACCAUCAACAAUUGAGAUAUACGUAAGGUACCUUAGGUCACUGUGGCAUGGAGGAGUCCACACAACCCUCGCAAGUUCCGGAUGCGGCCGCACCAGUUUUAGCGUGACGGGUCCAUCUCCAAACGCCGCUUGGCAGUAUAGACGCGCGGUUAUUCGCGUAGUCGCGUCUCCCGGUAUCCGUCCGUCGUCCAGUGAGACAAUCGAUGCAAAAGCUUCAAUCUUGAGUCUCACGCCGCGCCCAACACCGCCCCAAGGUCUUUCUGGCAACAACAAUUCUCUGCUCCUUGCAGAGCACAAAAUGCGAUGGGAUCUAUCGAGGGUUGUCAGUGCUUCGGUUUCCUUGGGACGAGGUGGAAAGAAUUCUCUUCCGGGGAAGAGACUGCUGUUUUCAACGUCAAGGUUAUGGGAGGAAGAUCAAAGAAACCCACCUCCAACUCCUAAAAAGCCUCUCCUCACUGCCCUUAAAAGCCUAACGCCGCGGGAAAAUAUCUACACAAUCCCCAACAUCCUGACAUUCUCUCGUCUUAUUGUCGCUCCAGUGAUCGGAUACCUGGUCCUGCACGAUUACCACGCCUGGGCCGUGGGACUGUUCGCCUACGCUGGAAUCACGGACUUAGUCGACGGGUAUAUUGCAAGGAGAUGGAAUUUACAGACUGUUGUGGGAACUGUGAUUGAUCCGAUGGCUGAUAAGACGCUAAUGACUAUCUUGACCGUCUGUUUGGCUGUUAAAGGGGCGCUUCCAGUCUGGCUCGCAGUCAUAAUCCUGGGUCGCGACGUUGGUCUUGGAAUAGCAGCCAUCUACUACCGCUGGAUCUCACUCCCUCCACCAAAGACCUUCUCGCGGUACUGGGAUUUCAGUCUCCCUUCCGCUGAGGUCCAUCCUACGACCAUCAGUAAAUACAACACCGCAUUGCAACUCGCGCUUAUUGGAGCGACGACUGCGAUGCCACUUGUGACUAUGGAUGUUGCGAGCGCUAUGACGGCAAUGCAGUAUCUAGUCGCAACUACGACGAUAUGGAGUGGCGCCAGUUACAUAUACUCGAAAGAUGCUGUAAAAAUACUAAACCAGGACCAAAAGCCAAAGGAGCCGGAAUCGAAGAUGAAGCAAUAA